AUGGGUUCAGAGUGCAAGGAGAGCAGAGAUGUUGACGCAUCUCAACAGGACUCCGCCAGUGUCGCAGAUGUUUCAGUGGAGGUGUCCACGGUGGACCACACGCUAAAGAAGCCGUGCAGGAAGUACAGGAGGACGAGGAGGAAGCCCAAAGGUCUGUCCAGGCUGUGGGCCCACCUGCUGAAUGUCCAGCACUUGGCUGUCAUCAUCACGGCUGUGGUCUUUGUGCUGGUGGUGGUUCUGUGGUCGGUGCUCUGGGUCUUUAUAUUUCGGCACGAAGGCAACAGCGGCGUAUACUUUGCUGGGAUGUUCCGCGUGGCUAACGUGGAGUUCAUCCCGGAAUACCGCCAGGCAGAAUCUCACGAGUUUGUCUCCAUGGCUACGAAAAUACAACAUGUGGUGAGCGGUGUGUACAAGAUGUCCUCAGUGGCUCGCCUAUACAAACACACCAUCAUUUCGGACCUCAGUACUAACAACAAGGGAGGGGUACUGGUGCACUUCUGGAUGGUGUUUGAGGUCCCUCACCUGAAGAGCGUGGCGGUCUGCGAGGAGUGUGUGGGCAUCAUCCUCAGGGACUCGGUCCACACCAACCUGAAGAACCGCUCAUCGGUGGGCUACAUUUUGGGCCUGCCUGUGGACAUCGACUCAAUCCUCGUCAAUGCUGUCCAGCGCUCAGAUUACUCAUUCAAUGCGGCAGGCUCCCAGUGUAUAGACAAACUGUAUGCCAGCCUUCCCGUGGUGAAGGUCCCUUUAAACAUCUUUUCGUCAUGGGGUGGUGUGCGAUGCCACGUAAAGCUCACCGCCAUGCCCGGUUUUCUCAUCCGGCUGACCGUCGCCUACUUCCAAAUCGAGCCCAGUGACUGCGUUCGCGACGCCCUGACAGUGUACGACGCUCUUCUGCCCAUGAGGGGGAGAGUUCUGCACAGGUUGUGUGCGCCUGUUUCCAGCUCCAUCUCCCUUGUGUCCACCUCCAACGUCAUGCUGCUGUCGUUCACCCUGACCAGCGGACACAAGAGCUUCAGAGGACACUUUGAAGCCAUCACACAGGAGCUGCGCGUAUCUCACAUCGCAUCGCAACCGCACGUGACCGGCCAGAUUUACAGCCCCUUCCACCCCAGCCUCAUGCCCCCCCACUGCUUUUGCACUUGGAUCUUUCAGACGCCUGACGCCGCUUUGGGGGUUGCACUGCAGCUCCACAACUAUGUGCUGAAACCAAAAGACAUGAAGGGCUGCGAGCACGGAUGGUGGAGGGUCAACGAAGUUAUUUUCUGUGGCACCUACGUGGGACACGAGAGCGUGUUUCGCAUCGCCGAGCGCAGCGCCGAGGUGGAGUUUCGCUGCACCUCACAAAGCGCUGCGCAACCUUUCCGGGCGUCGUACAGCAGCUACAACAUCAGCCAACCCUGUCCGGAAAAUCACUUCCUCUGCUCCACGGGACUCUGCGUGGACAAACGUCGACGCUGCGACGGGCUGGACGACUGCCAGGAUGAGAGCGACGAGGUCUUCUGCUCAAGACCCAACAAGAAGUGUGAAGGCAGCAGCCCUCUGCAUCCUCUGUUUGUCUGCAACGGCGAGAUGGACUGCGCCAACGGAUUGGAUGAAACCAACUGCACACAGGAAACGAGCUGCUCAGCCGUCAGCUAUCGCUGCCGCAGCGGCUCGUGCAUCCGGAAAAAGAACGCCAGGUGCGACGACGUCGCCGACUGUCAGGACGGCAGCGAUGAACGCGACUGUGCUUGCGGGCUCCCCGUCCCCCCCGUCGCCCCCGGGGCCCCUCGCAUCGUGGGCGGCGCUGACUCCGAGGAGGGCGAGUGGCCUUGGCAGGUCAGCCUGCACUUCUCGGGUCACCUGAUCUGCGGCGCCUCCGUGCUCUCGUCCGAUUGGCUGGUCUCGGCGGCGCACUGCUUCGGCAAAGACAGGCUGUCCGACCCGCAGCGCUGGCGGGCCCACCUGGGCGCGUUGACGCAGGGCAGCCCCGGGCACGUGGCGGAGAUCCAGCGCAUUGUGGUGCACGAGUACUACGAUCCCCAAACGCUGGACUACGACGUGGCGCUGCUGCGGCUCAAGAGGGCGUGGCCGGCCUCGCUGGGCCCCCUGGUGGCGCCCGUGUGCCUGCCCGGCGCUUCGCACGCCGUCACUGCUCGACACCGCUGCUGGGUGACGGGGUGGGGACAUCGCUCUGAGGAAGACAAGUCGCUGCCGUCCGUGCUGCAGAAGGCGCAGGUGUCCGUCAUGAGCCAGACGGAGUGCAAGAAGACUUACGGUCCCGUGUCCCCCCGCAUGCUGUGCGCGGGGGUCCCGUCGGGGGAGCGGGAUGCCUGCAGGGGGGAUUCGGGCGGGCCUUUAUCCUGCCGGGCGCCGGGCAGGGGUCGCUGGUUCCUGAUCGGCAUCGUCAGCUGGGGGUCGGGCUGCGGCAGACCGCACCUGCCGGGGGUCUACGCCCGGGUCACCAAGUUCACCUCGUGGAUCUACGACCAUAUCAGAAUGAAAAAGGGGGUUGGAUUUCGGUGGUGGGGGGCGGGUGGGGGUGGGGGGGGUUCUCGCACGCUCUUCCUCUCGAUCGCUUCUCCGGCUGAGUGGGACUCCGCCAUGAGGAGGGAAAGCUGCCAGGUGUACUGCAUCUUCGGGCAUGGACGCUCCAGCUCCUCCGAGGUCCAGAAGGAAGAAGAGACCUUGAAGGAGCCCGCCCAGUUUCCGAGCUCCGCUAAAGAGGAGCAAGUUCCACCUGCCAAACGUGGUUCCCGGGUGAGAUGGGCACUAGGGAUCCUGCCCGUUGUUUCCUGCGCCGCUACCAUCGCUUUAGCCACCCACUACUUGAUGCCAGCCCCGUCCUCCUCGAUGUUCUUCCUGGCAUGCAGCGUGGAGUUCCCUAACUUGAGCUUCUCUGCGGAGCUCGCCGACGGCUCCUCGGCGCAGUUCCGCCUGCAGGCUGGGGCUUUAAAGCCUUACUUCUCAGAAGUCUACAAGUCCUCCCCGUGGAGCUCCUACUACCUGCGCUCAGGGAUUGUCGCCUUCAGUGAAGGCAUAGAAGGCCUCAACGUGUUCUACUGGAGUCAAUUCUCUGCCCCGGACCACGUCGCCAUGGCGAUACAACGGUCCAGCCCGGAGAGGCUGCAGCGUAGACAUCCGGGCGGCAACAAGGUUCUGCGGGGCGACGGACGCGAGCAGCGCUACUACUUGGAGCACGACGACGUCACGCUCCAUCUACUGGGUUUGGAUCCGGACGAAUGGGAAGAAAAUUCCGACAAGCUUAAGAAUCCAAACAGCCUCCAGAGUGGAAAGUGGCAGCUCGGCUUCCAAGUGGUGUCCGUCGACCUGUACGCUAAACACGGCGUGAACCGCACCCUCGUUCUGAUGAGUCCCAAGAAGCUGUACUACCAGUGGCGCCUUCGCGUGCCGUCGGGCCACGCGGUCCGCCUGGUGGUCCUCGCGCUGCACGGCGGCGCCGCGCCGGGAAGCUGCGGCGCUCACAAGCUGUCGGCCUACGACUUCCUGCUUCCUUUGCAGAAUAAGAUCAUCGCCAGGUGGUGCGGGCUGCCCGUGCCGCAGGGCUCCUCGCCCGCCACGGGCCUGACGUCCUCGGGGAACGUCAUGCUGCUCACCUUCUCCUUCAGCCGGCAGAGGGAGGGAGCCGUCUUCAAGGCCUACUUUCAGGCUGUGCCCAAAGCACGUUGUGGAGGGUCACUGUCCUCUUGGAAUGGCUCCGUUUCCUCCCCUUACCACCCCUCUCACUAUCCUCCUAAUAUAGACUGCAGGUGGACAUUACGAGCACCGUUGCCCGGGUACCUGAUCUCCGUGACGAUGGUGACGCUUGACAUCCAGCCGUCGUCGGACGGCUGCGAGAAAGACUGGCUCGACGUCGGCGGCGUCAAGAUGUGCAACCAGGUGUCGGGCAGCGGCAGAGGGCGUGUCUACUCGUCUCCGCUCUCCAUCCACUUCCACUCGGACGGCGCCCUGACUCGCCGGGGCUUCGAUCUGCGCUACCGGGCCUUCUCGCCGGAGGCUUCCUGCUCGCCACGUCGGUUUGGCUGCGGCGACGGCGGCUGCAUCCCUUUAAGGAAAGUGUGCGACGGCGUCAGGGACUGCGAGGAUGGACGCGACGAGGCCAAAUGCUCACCAUGCAGGCCUGGCGAGGUGUUGUGCGGUAACGGACAGUGCAAAGCUCAAAGCGGCCAGUGUGGCGUGUGCGCAGACAGCGGCGAAGACAGCGGAUGCAGAAGUAAAUGUUACCACACGUGUGCGAAAAAAGUGUGCGUGCCCAAGUCUUCAGUGUGCGAUGGCGUUGUGGACUGUGCAGACCGCAGCGAUGAAGUAAACUGCACCCGAGCACGUGAGCAUAUUAUUAAUAACAGUCUAUUUUUUGUAACACUGUUAGACGUAUUCAGUGUAAUCUUCGUGCCUCCCGCAGACCUCAAAGGUUGCCCUUCAUCCUCUUACAAAUGCGGCAACGGAAAGUGCGCGAGCAAACUCAACCCCGAGUGUGACGGACUCAAAGACUGCCAGGACGGGUCUGAUGAGCUGCGGUGCGGUUGCGGCGUCCGGGCCCGGAAGAGGCCCAGGAUCGUGGGGGGCGCCGACGCGCCCCCGGGCUCGUGGCCGUGGCAGGUGAGCCUCCAGAUGGAACGUUACGGUCACGUCUGCGGCGCCACCCUGCUCGCCGCGCGCUGGCUCGUCUCGGCGGCGCACUGUUUCCAAGACUCGGACGCCAUCAAGUAUUCGGAUCCGCGCGCUUGGCGGGCCUACAUAGGGAUGCGCUUGAUGGCGGCGGGCAAGAACGCCGCCGCCGCCGCCGCCGCCGGCAGGCCCUUGCGCCGGAUCGUCCCGCACCCCGCCUACGAGCGGCUCACGUCCGACUACGACAUCGCCCUGGUGGAGCUGGGCGCCCCCGUCUUUUUCAACGAGCUUGUGCAGCCGGUGUGUGUGCCCGCACCCUCGCACGCCUUCGCCAUCGGGACCAGCUGCUACGUCACCGGCUGGGGCGUCCUCACGGAGGACGCGGGGGAACGCUCUUCAUUUUUCUUCCAAACUGUUUCUAUUUGGGUGUGUGUUUUGGCGGCAGGGGAGCUGGCGUCUCGCUUGCAGGAAGCCUCGGUGCGGAUCAUCAACAGGAACACCUGCAACGAGCUCUACGACGACGCCGUCACUCCCAGAAUGCUUUGCGCGGGGAACCUGCAGGGCGGGGUGGACGCCUGCCAGGGUGACUCUGGGGGUCCGCUGGUGUGUCAGGAGCACGGGCGGCGCUGGUUCCUGGCGGGCAUCGUGAGCUGGGGCGAGGGCUGCGCCAGGCAGAACCGUCCCGGCGUCUACACGAAGGUGGUCAAAUUUGCCGAGUGGAUCCACGGGCAGACCCGAGGUCAGGUGUGAUUGGCCCAACAAAGGACCAA